AUGCUGAGCAAACCACCGAUCCGUAUUGGCAAUGUCUCAGGCGCUACGGGCGACCAUCCGCAUGCUAUGAAGCGCAUGGUUGAGCCGGGCGGCGUCGAUGUAAUUACCGGGGACCGGCUGUCUGAGAUGAGCAUCGCCUGGAACGCCAUCACAAAACGAGACGUCGACCCUGAUCUGGGCUACGAGAACGGCUUUUACCUUCAGCUGGAAGAAUGCCUCGACCAGAUCAUGGAGCAGGAUAUCAAAGUGGCCACGAACGCAGGCGCCUUGAACACAAUGAGUCUGUUCCGCAAGGUCCAAGCGCUCUGUGUGGAAAGAGGAUACAAGGAUACGGUGGUCGCUGCAAUUUUGGGCGACGAUGUCUCGGACUUGGUCACUGAUCCCAGCAAGAGGCGUUCUUUGCAUUUCCCCCAUCUCGAUCACCAGGACCGGCUCCUUGACGAAUGGUCCCUGGAUCCUAUCUGCGCCAACGCGUACUUCGGCUGUCGUGGUAUUGUCAAAGCCCUAGAAGCUGGAGCGAACAUUGUCAUCUUGACCUUUUACAUCAACGGAUUGGACGUGGAAGCCAAAGUGGCCAUGAUGCGUCAACAGUUGGACCACAUUUUGAAGGGAAACAAGUUCAGUCGAUUCAGCGUGGAGCAGUACGGCUCCCAGGUGGACAAUCCGCGAUCGCAACAGGGAGGCACCGUGCAACUGCGAGUGUUUGCUCAAGCCAGGAACAAGGCCGAUAUCGAGGCUCCAUCAUUCAAGAUUUCAAUCUAUGCCCUUCGCAUGCAAAGUUAUCCUGGUUACCACAUGAACCUGGACUUUCGAACCAUGGACCCCAGACCAUUUAUGGAGAUCUUUCCCGUAGUCAUGCCACUUUCCAUGAUCGAUCAUCGUGUUGUCCUCAGCACUGGACAGCAAAUCAAGGUUGAUCCACCGCAAAAGACGGUCGAGUACCCUGUGAUGCGUCCCUCUUCUGACACGGAAGAUCCUAUCGAUCUUCAAUCUCUGGGACCAACUAAAAAGGCACCUUUUGGAAGCAUUGUUCAUGCGCGAUCUGGCGACAAGGCCGACAAUUCCAACAUUGGCUUUUUUGUCCGCCACGAUGAUGAAUACCCUUGGCUUAAAACCUACUUGACCGUUUCACGCUUGAAGGAAUUGUUCGGUGACGACUGGCAGAAAGGGAAUCCUGAUCGACGGGUGGAGCGAGUUGAAUUUCCCGGGAUAAAUGCGGUUCAUUUCCGAGUUCUCGACAACUUGAAUGGCGGGAUCGCGUCGUCGGACCGAAUUGAUGGGCUCGGAAAGGGCAUUGCUGAGUAUCUCAGAAGCAGAUCUGCCGAGAUUCCCAUACGCUUCCUCCAGAGAGGCUGGAUUUGA